UUGUUUAUCUAGGAGUAUCUUAGAAGUGUGCUGAUAAGCUUAUCAGUAUAAAUUGACAGUCAUCGAGUUAAUCGUCGGUUAUCUAAGAUACAAAAAUUAUCUCAGGAGACGAUAAGAUCUUUUGAUAAGCUCAGCAUAAUGUCGUUUGGGACUUAAAUCAGUUGUCAUUAUGUCGCGUUCCAUGAAGAUCGAGAAUCCCAACGAGAGUCUCGUUGUUCCCAAAUGGUUGAAUAAGUCAAAGUUGGAGUCCUUGAUCGCGAAGGAUGAACCUGAUUGCACUAAGAUACAUAAUUUUACCACUGUGGCCGCUGUGCCACCAGGUGGUAACUUUACGUCCGUCAUGUUGCGAGUUUACGUGGAUAUAGAAAUGAAAGAUGGAACCCAGAAAAGAAAGUCGUAUGUGGUCAAGACAAUGCUGGACUCGGAUAAAGGUGGCAAGGCGGUGAAUGAAAUGAGGUACUUCCAAAAGGAGCAGCUGAUGUACUCCACCUAUUUGCCGCAGUUCGAGAAAAUCUAUCGCGAGGCGGGACAUCCCGUGCAGCUAAUGCCGAAGUGCCUGGAAAUCGGGCAAAUAGAUGGAAAUAUAUAUUUCAUUUUCGAGGAUCUUUCGACUCAAAAUUACGUGGCUGUAGAUCGAACGCAAGGAGUGAGUAUGGAGCACAUGCGACUCUCUCUUCGCAAAUUGGCCGAGUUGCAUGCGGCCAGUGUGAUAUACAAGGAUAGGUAUGGGCCGUAUCACACUGACUUUGAUAGUGGAUUCGCCAGGAAGGACAAAAUCCAGCUUGCUGUGAAAAGAUUUGAAGUGAAAGCACCAGAGUACAUGGCAGCCAUGGAAACUUGGGGCAUAGAUGAGUGCUACCUUAAGAAUUUCCCCACCACUGAGCAGUAUGGCAAACUCAGCUUGGAGUCCCUCAAUGUGGAUCCCCAGGACUUUAAUGUUCUCACUCAUGGGGACUACUCUCCUGCCAACAUUCUGUUCAAGUACGACGCAUAUGGAGCCCCAAGUGAGGCACUUAUACUGGACUUCCAAAUUGGCAAAUGGGCAAGUCCGGCCCAGGAUCUGCUAAUGCUGAUAAUCCUUACGGCUAAAAAGGAUUCGGGCUAUAUGGAAUUCGAUAAUUGCGUGAGAAUCUACUGGGAAUACCUCAUCGACUGCUUGAGAGUCUUGAAGUACGAUAAGCCGCUUCCCCAGCUGAGGCAACUGCAAUCUGACAUCUACAAGAAAAACAACACUCUCAUUGCUUUCUUUGCUGUGAUAAAUCAUUUACCUGCAAGUUUGUUGCCAGUUUGCAAGGAAAACAACAUGCACACAUUUAACUUGGAGGACGAAGUGGGCAGGAGUUUCCGCACCAAGAUGUACACCAAUCCCACCUUUGUGGAGGUCGUCAAGAAGCUGUAUCCCAUUUGCUGCAACCGCGGUCUCUUCAACUUCGAAGACUUCGAGUGA